AUGUCCUCCUCCUCCUCUCCGCAGCAGCAGCGGCAGCAACACCACCACCGCCAGCAACAACAACAGCGCGUCUCUUCUUCACUGACGACGACGACGGCGAGGAACGAAGAAGGAGAACUCCUUGACGAGGAGAAGCAACGAAGGAGGAUUCGGAAGCAAAGAAUUUUAACGAGAUUCCGAAGAAAAAGCGAAAGAAAGUUCUUUCUCGCGAGCGCAACCAUGACGCGUUUGCUCGACAUCCCGUACGGGAAAAAAGGAGAAAGCGUGAAAGUGCCGUCGCAUCAUAUUCUAGAUGACGAGGAAGAAUCGAACGCGCCGCUCAUCGCCGGCGGGGUGAGGAGGAAAAAAGUAGCCGCCAUGUUGAACGUGGACGUGUACGUGAUUGGGUUGUAUUUCCUACCGAAAGCGUGUAAGAAACACGAGGGAGAAGAGGACGCGUUGGACGCGGUGGCGAACGACAGUUCGAUUGCGAAAACGGUACGACUGACGUUCGUGAGAGACGUGAGCGGAGAGUCGGUGGCGAAGGCGAUCGCGGUUAAUAUAGAGAAAAAAUUAGGAUCGAGAGCGGAGAGCGGCGGGAACGAGGAGUCGGAGAAGAAAGCGAAGGAAGCGUUGGAGAUGUUUAAGUCGAUGUUUCGGAGCGUGAAAAUCGAAAAGGGCGCGAGUUUGACGUUUAGCACGAACGAGAGCGGCACGUUGACGACGAGAUUGAGAGGAAAGAAAAUUGGAGAGUCGAUUAAGGACGAGAGGCUGUGCGGGGCUUUGUUUGAAUCGUGGUGCGGGCCGGAUUCAGUCAUCCCGGAGAUGACCGAGGCGGCGAGUUCGAUUUUGUCGCAAGCGUUGAAGUUGAUUCCUUCCGAGGAGGAUAACGGAGGAGGGAGCGCCGCGGCGUAA